AUUAAAUACAGCAAUCUGGGUAUAUAACGAUACUGCGUUAAAUGACGUGUCUGUGCCGAGACGCAGACAGGGGUUUACUGGUAACAGUAGUGACGGAGAGGGGUUUACGGGUAUCAGUAGUGACGGAUAGGGGUUUACGGGUAUCAGUAGUGACGGAAAGGGGUUUAUGGGUAAAAGUAGUGACGAAGAGGGGGUUCACAGGUAACAGUAGUGAUGGAGACGGGUUCACAGGUAACAGUAGUGACGGAGAGGGGUUCACGGGUAAGAGUGGUGACGGCGGGGGUUUACGGGUAUCGGUGACGGAGAGGGGUUCACGGGUAUCAGUGGUGACGGAGAGGGGUUCACGGGUAACUGGUGAUGGAGAGGGGUUUACGGGUAACAGUGGUGAUGGAGAGGGUUCACGGGUAACUGGUGAUGGAAAGGGUUUACGGGUAACAGUGGUGAUGGAGAGGGUUUACGGGUAACUGGUGAUGGAGAGGGUUCACGGGUAACAGUGGUGACGGAGAGGGUUCACGGGUAACAGUAGUGACGGAGUGGGGUUUACGGGUAACAGUAGUGACGGAGUGGGGUUUACGGGUAACAGUAGUGACGGAGAGGGGUUUACGGGUAACAGUAGUGAUGGAGAGGGGUUCACGGGUAACAGUAGUGACGGGGAGGGGUUCACGGGUAACAGUAGUGACGGAUAGGGGUUUACGGUUAUCAGUAGUGUCGGAAAGGGGUUUACGGGUAAAAGUAGUGACGAAGAGGGGGUUCACAGGUAACAGUAGUGACGGAGUGGGGUUUACGGGUAACAGUAGUGACGGAGUGGGGUUUACGGGUAACAGUAGUGACGGAGAGGGGUUUACGGGUAACAGUAGUGACGGGCAGGGGUUCACGGGUAUCAGUAGUGACGGAUAGGGGUUUACGGUUAUCAGUAGUGUCGGAAAGGGGUUUACGGGUAAAAGUAGUGCCGAAGAGGGGGUUCACGGGUAACAGUAGUGACGGAGUGGGGUUUACGGGUAACAGUAGUGACGGAGAGGGGUUUACGGGUAACAGUAGUGACGGGGAGGGGUUCACGGGUAACAGUAGUGACGGAUAGGGGUUUACGGUUAUCAGUAGUGUCGGAAAGGGGUUUACGGGUAAAAGUAGUGACGAAGAGGGGGUUCACAGGUAACAGUAGUGAUGGAGACGGGUUCACAGGUAACAGUAGUGACGGAGAGGGGUUCACGGGUAAGAGUGGUGACGGCGGGGGUUUACGGGUAUCGGUGACGGAGAGGGGUUCACGGGUAUCAGUGGUGACGGAGAGGGGUUCACGGGUAACUGGUGAUGGAGAGGGGUUUACGGGUAACAGUGGUGAUGGAGAGGGUUCACGGGUAACUGGUGAUGGAAAGGGUUUACGGGUAACAGUGGUGACGGAGAGGGUUUACGGGUAACAGUGGUGACGGAGAGGGUUCACGGGUAACAGUGGUGACGGAGAGGGUUCACGGGUAACAGUGGUGACGGAGAGGGUUCACGGGUAACAGUGGUGACGGAGAGGGUUCACGGGUAACAGUGGUGACGGAGAGGGUUCACGGGUAACAGUGGUGACGGAGAGGGUUCACGGGUAACAGUGGUGAUGGAGAGGGUUCACGGGUAACUGGUGAUGGAGAGGGUUUACGGGUAACAGUGGUGAUGGAGAGGGUUUAGGGGUAACAGUGGUGACGGCGGGGGUUCACGGGUAUCAGUGGUGACGGAGAGGGGGUUCACGAGUAACAGUGGUGAUGGAGAGGGUUCAUGGGUAACACUGGUGAUGGAGAGGGGUUUAUGGGUAUCAGUGGUGACGGAGAGGGGGUUCAUGGGUAAUGGUAGUGACGGAGGGGGGUUUACCGGUAACGGUAGUGAUGGAGAGGGGUUCACGGGUAUCGGUAGUGAUGGAGAGGGGUUCACGGGUAACAGCGUUGACGGAGAGGGGGGGUUUACGGGUAACAGUGGUGACGGAGAGUGGGGGGUUUAUGGGUAACAGUGGUGAUGGAGAGGGGUUUACGGGUAACAGUGGUGACGGAGAAGGUGGGGUUUAUGGGUAACAGUGGUGACGGAGGGGGGGGUUUACGGGUAACAGUGGUGACGGAGAAGGCGGGAUUAACGGGUAACAGUGGUGACUGAGAAGGCGGGGUUUACCGGUAACAGUGGUGAUGGAGAGGGGUUUACGGGUAACAGUGGUGACGGAGGGGGGGGUUUACGGGUAACAGUGGUGACGGAGAAGGCGGGAUUAACGGGUAACAGUGGUGACGGAGAAGGCGGGGUUUACCAGUAACAGUGGUGAGGGAGAGGGGUUUACGGGUAACAGUGGUGACGGAGAAGGCGGGGUUUACGGGUAACAGUGGUGACGGAGAGAGGGUUUACGGGUGACAGUGGUGACGGAGAAGGCGGGGUUUACGGGUAACAGUGGUGACGGAGAAGGCGGGGUUUAUGGGUAACAGUGGUGACGGAGUUGGGGGUCACGGGUAGCAGUGGUAAGAUUUUGUUCCAGUAUGAAGGUGGACACCUGUGAGAAACAACAAACACUACAUGACUGUGUCGGAGGACUGAGUGUGUGUGAAACUGAACCAUCCUCCAUCAGCACUCCAGAGAGUGUGUGUGAGGUACAGGAGCUACAGGAGGGUGUGUCUAAGGGAGAGGAGGCGGAGCCAUUACAGGAUGGAGAUGAACACACUCCAUUCAAGGUGUGUUCGGUAAAGCUGAUGGACUGCAGGGCGGCGCCGACACUGAACACACACAUCACACAGGAAGAAACGUCCGGCGCAGGAGACGAUCAGUUCAACAUGUCAUUCUUGGAAAAGCGGUGGAAACGGUCCAGAAGCCAGGGAAAAAAGUCCAGCAUGUGCCCCGAGUGCGGAAAAACGUUUUCCCGACCAUCGACUCUCAGAACGCACAUGAGAACUCACACUGGAGAGACGCUUCCUCACUGCUCAUGCGGAAAGGUUUUCUCCUACACGUCCUCGCUCGUCAGGCAUCAGAAGGAAUGCUGCUCGCUGUUCCCAGACUCUCGGAAUGCCCGGAAAGUUCCGCUGGAGGAGCAGAGGCAGUACCAGUGCUCCUUCUGUGGGAAACAGUUUUCUACGAAGAGUCACAUGACCAUCCACGAGCGACUGCACACGGGGAAGAAGCCGUACGCGUGCUCGGAGUGCCAGCAGGCCUUCAUCCGAGUGGACCGGCUGAAGGAACACCAGCGUGUGCACACGGGAGAAAAGCCGUACGAGUGCUCGUACUGCGGAAAACAGUUUGCGCUGCUCGGCGGACUGAAGACGCAUCGCAGGACACACACGGGCGAGAAACCAUACAAGUGUACCGUCUGCAAGAAACGCUUCACACAGUCCACGAAGCUGAAGAUUCACCUGCGGACACACACCGGAGAGCGACCUUACCACUGCUCAGAGUGCGGGAAGACGUUCGCUCGGACCGAGCACCUCAAGACGCAUCAGAAAAUCCACAGCGCAGGGAAACAGCACAGUAGAGCUCCGCAUGGAGGAAGCGUGGUGUCUGUAGAGUACUCCACAAAGCACCAGACUACAGAGUAACACAUCCAUACCCCCACUGUGUGUGAGACGGGAUAUUUAGUGACGUUUCUUUGGCGCACCAGGCGGUAAAAGCUCUAUCCACCUGUCAGUCAUGUCGCAUCUCAGUUCAGAAAGCUCCGCCUCUUGCACUAGCUAUAGAGUAGAUAUGCUUAUGUUUUUAGUUUCAAAACAUCUACAGCUAAUUCGUGCCAAAAUCAUUGACUGUGUUUAAAGUUGAAUAUUUUUGGCUUGUGGAUCUCCUUUACUUUAAACUGGUUUCUGUUCAAACACUGGUGUUAUAUUUAUGUUCAUUUGCUCUGUGGAAGAGAAAUUAAACAGUUUCAGAUCUUC